AUGGCAUCUCUUGCUGAUAAUUGCUUUUUAAACUAUGUUUCCCACUCGGCGAGCAGUCCUGCGACGCCUACCAGAGGCGUUGGCAGGUUCGGAACCCCGCGAACCGUUUUCUCGCCUGUAAGCUACUCUCCUGCCAAGCGUGCUGCUUGCAACGGCGACGGUGAGACGUUCUGCAGCAGCGUGCUUCUGAAGAGCGUGAGGCCGCUGCUGGAGAAUCUGGCGAAUCACCUCGCUGACGGGCAGCACAAGCCCACCAAGUCGCACGUGGCGGACGAACCUCUUGUUAAACGGCCUGGAAUCGGCCGCUUCGGAGGCAAGCCUGCUGCUGCCGUGCUUGCACCUGCACCUGUGGCCGUCACUGCUGCUCCCAUCACACCAUCUGCUGUGCUUGCGCCUAUGGUGGUGACUGAGGUAUCGCUUGUGGCUCCAGUGGCUUCAACCACACCCCAAGUGGCUGAACCGACCAUCACCACCACGGAGGCGAGUGCACGUGGUGCUGAUCCGAAUGAGAAAGCGAGGUGGGACAAGCUGCGUCAGGAGGUUCGAGCUAUGGAUAUUGAAAUGACCAAAAAAUUGAGAGCACGUGCUGCUUACCUGAGAUGGGCCAAGCUGGACCAGGCGACGUGGGCCAGGGACAUUGAAGCCGCCAUUGAAGCCUCCCUGCCUGCCUGGAUCGCGCCUGGUAAAACCGGCAAGAAUGGGUGCACCAGCAAGGUGGUGAGCACGGGUGUGAAGGGUGGCAAGGGCAGCAGCAGGCAUGCAGGCGCUGCCCCAUGUGCAGUAGCAGCAGCAGUUGCAGGAUCACGUGGUGCUGCAUCAUCAGUGAGAGCAGGUGGCAAGGCCGGCAGCAGACACGCGAGUGGGGUGAAGAGGAGAGAGGUGGGUGGGUGCGGGUUGGGAGCAGCAGGGAGGGCAGCAGGUGGAAGGCAGGGUGGUGUGAAGGCAGCAGGUGGUAGAGCAGUGGCAAGUGGCAUGUGUGGCAGGGAGGGGGUGAAGCAGCAGGCGGGGAGGAGAGAGGGUUUGGUGCAUGAGAGGCAGGCGAGGCCAGGCUGCAGCAGCAGCAGCAGGGCGCACAGAAGGAGCUCCUGA